AUGGAACCGCUCGACGCCGGAGCCGGGUUCGCCUCGGCCCAUCGCCCUACCCGACGUGCUGAGAUGGUUGGCAUCGCUGGCUACCCAGACGGCGACAAGAGCGACCAGUCUUCCGAUAAUGACACUCCAAUGUCCAUUGGCCUGGUUAGCGACGGCUCCGAACGCAAUCUGAACAGCUGUCCCGGCGAGAAGACGGCAACGCCCUCACUCAGCGCCGAUACGCCCAUCACCAAUGUCUACUUGACAUUUGAUACCGCGGUUCCUGCGGUCAACAUGACUUCGUCCUCUUGCGUCGACCAACUACCGGCACGACCAGAUCUCAGCCGCUAUGGCAACCCUACGAAGAUGCGCAAUGCUAGAAAAAACACCAUGCUCUUUCUAUCAUGUGUCGCGACAUGCCUGACCGCCUACACCGCUGGCGCGUAUUCACCCCCAGCAGACCUCUUGGCAGCAGAGUUUGGUGUAUCCAGGACCGCAGUCCUCACUGGCAUCACUCUCUUCACCGUCGGCUUUGCUAUUGCUCCCAUGAUUUUGGCACCCUUCUCCGAGGUCAACGGACGAUAUCCGGUUUUCGUGGUUUCUGGGAUCGUCUUCGUGAUCUUCCAGGCUGUCUGUGGGAUUGUCUCCAACCUUGGCGGUAUGCUGUUUGCGCGGUUCAUGUGCGGCGUGGGCGGCAGUGUUUUCAGCACCAUGAUUGGUGGGGUCAUUGCUGACCUUUGGGAAAAGGAAGAGAGAAAUACCCCGAUGGCUUUGUACAGUGGUGCUGUGCUCAUCGGCACCGGACUUGGCCCCCUGGAUUCUAGUCUGAUGCUGCACAGAUGGGGCCACGACGGCGUUGUAGGAAUCACGGCUAAGUGGAGAUGGGUCUUCUGGCACCAAGUCAUCGCUGACGCUGUUCUCGUCAUCGCCCUAACGGUCAUGUUCCACGAAAGCAGGGGCAGUGUCCUUCUGAGUAGGAAAGCAACGAAACUAAAUAAGUGGUACACCGCUCUAGAAGAGAAGGGGGUGUUUGGUGUCUGGGUGCGUGCUGAUGCGAAACCCGGUGAAGUGGCAUUCGAUCUUCGACCCUUAGUGCCCGAGGAUGAGGAGAAGACCAGUUCCACACCUUUCUUCUUCAACGACCAAAAUCGAGCGUACCACGGCUUCCGACUGCAGCGUAUACGUUGGCUGGUAAGAGAGGACGAACAGCGCGCUUCGCUGGUGACCAUGAUCACAGUAUCGCUGUUCCGACCAUUCCAUCUCCUAUUCACUGAGCCCGCUGUUUUCUUCUUCUCCCUGUGGGUGUCGUUCGCCUGGGCGGUUCUGUACCUCACUUUUGGUUCGAUCCCGCUGGUGUUCUCGCGCCAGUAUGGGUUCAACCAGCAGGAGUCGGGAUAUGUCUUCAUUGCAAUGAUUAUUGGCUCCAUUCUUGCGACUGCCAUGGGAGUCUAUCAGGAACGUUUGCUCAAGUAUCACAAAUGGCAACGCGAGGCAACGUCUGACAAUCCACCCAGCAAAUUCUGGUCAUUCAUGCGGCGUCGUUUCCCUGUGGAAGCUCCUGAAUCCCGCCUGUACUUCACCUGCAUAACCUCCAUUCUACUUCCUGCCGGACUAUAUCUCUUUGGCCUCUCGGCUGCGCCAGAUAUCCACUGGAUAGCACCUACCAUAGCCAUCUCGUUGGCUACUGUGGGCAUCUACACCAUAUACCUGGCUACGUUCAACUACCUAGCCGACAGCUACCAAACCUACGCAUCCUCAGCCCUGGCUGCUCAGUCCUUCUGCCGAAAUAUGCUUGGAGGCGCUUUCCCCCUGGUGGUAACCCCCUUGUUUGUCAACCUAGGCGAAAAGACUGCCGGUGGCCUUCUGGGUGCCAUCGCCACAGUUUUGACUCUCGUACCUUGGGCUCUGGCAAUCUACGGGGAGACAAUCAGGGGGAGGAGCAAAUUCGCGGUAGCUCUCCAACGCACUGGAUCGUAG